AUGUGUGACACUGUUUAUUUAUGCAUCUCAUCAUGGGUUUGGUUGUUGUUUUUUCUAACUUUGUGCUUUUUCGUGUUUACUAUACUUCAUGUGUAUCUUCCAUACACUUUAUUUUGUCCGUACAUACACUGUAUAAAGUUUUUUCUUUUUCAUUUAUUUGCAGAUGGUAUACUCGUGGUGAACAACAGUGACAAACUGGUGUUCAAAUGUAUGGGAUGUCCAGAAGAAUUUAGCGGAUUCCAACAAUUCAAACGUCACUCUUAUAAACUUCACAAGGUAGUCAUGAAGUGUAAACUUUGUGGGGACAAAUUCGAUAGCAAGGCCAAAUACACAUAUCAUGUGCUACGGAAGCAUUACAAUGUUUCUCCUUUGGAGAUGAAUUUAAAAGUUCAACCAGCUAAUAAAAGAAAGGAUACCCCCUGUCCAUAUUGUGGAAAGGUCUUCAGAAAUUCUACUGUGAUGGGUUACCAUGUAAAGAAAUAUCACACAAAGGAAGUCCAGGCAAAAUGCAGUACAUGUAAAACUGAAUUUUUUGAUGUACAUUUAUUCAAAAGCCAUUUCCUAAACAAUACAAAAUGUGCUAAAAGUCGUCCAAAAAAAUUUCGUUAUAUUGUAUGUGAUUUAUGUGGCAUGAUGAAAACUACCCCUAAAGAUUUAAGAGCCCAUAUGGCAUGGGUACACGAUCGAGAAGAAAGUAAAUGCGAUAUCUGUCACAAACUUCUCAAGUCCAAGCCUGCUUUACAAUUACACCUUCAGCUUAAACACAACAAGACCCAUCUAUGUACAGACUGUGGCAUGACUUUUGGGACUGUGUAUAUUUUACGCGAACAUAUGAGGAUACAUACUGGUGAUAAGCCAUAUAAGUGUAAAACAUGUGAUAUUGCAUUUACACACAGGGGGAGUCUGUCUAAACAUCAUCAAUCUAAAGGACACAAAGAGAAGGCAGCCAAAGAAUUGGCAUCCUUGUAGUAAUUGUAAUAAACAAUAUAAGUAAAAGCCAUCUUCCAUGAUAAAUCAAAUGUUCUGUUUCAAUACAUAUGGUACACCAAAACUGAUGAUUCCAUUUAAAGCAAGAUGUUUGUGGGACCCGCCAGCGUAGACACAUGUCCAUCAGCACAAAAUGAUGACAAUAUUAUACUUUCAGUCUGAUAAAAAUGUUCCCCUGAUUUUCAAGAAUUUUCUUCUCUAUUUAAAAUAUGUAUGGAAACUUCAAGAUUUACAAUUACUGUAGAUACACUAAAUUUGGCUCCCGUUUUAAUUUGCAGAUCGGCGAAUUCAGAAAAUUCCAAAAAAUGAUAUGAAGGUACACUUAUACUAUAAUCACUCUAAGGCCGGUUUUAAAGUUGCUAGCAACUCUCAUUAAAAUAUCAGGUUACAUCCACACUUUAACAUGGCACAGAUAAUCAGGAUUAGUAAGUUUAAUUAACAGCAUUGCUAAACACUUGAUUUUGAUUGGCUAAGCUUGGAGACUUUUAAAAUUGAAAAAUGUUAUUAGUGUUUUUAAAUGUCCUAUCACAAUCCAACAAAAUGAUGAAGUUGAAAUCUAACUGCAGAAUAUGAACUUAAAAACAUUGAAAGAUACACAUAACAAAAUUGGAAUCAAUACCUCAAUCAAUAUGAAAUAUGAGAAGAUUGACCAGCUUUGUGAAAAUAUCAAAAAUAGUUAUUUUGGCUAUUCCAUUUGUCUGCCUCCUAUUUAUACCCCAUGUCCCUCUUUAAAAUUAUAAAAACAUGUACAAUGUAAUCUAAAGUCCAAUGUUUGGAAAGGAGGUUCCAACCAAAGUUGAAGGUAAACUUUUUCUGGCUUUUCCUCUCACCAUGUGUAAUAGUGCUUUAUAUAGCAUGUUGCCACAUUUAGUGUUGUUGAUAGUUCGAGGCUUGCAAUAAUUCCAAUAUAUGACAGGGACCUCCUCUGCAUUGAACCAAGUGGGUUUUGCACCCACUAGAAAUUCUGAAAAUGGGCUUGCACCAUCUGCAAACUAUUUGGCAAGCUUUGAGAAGAAUUAUGAAAACUAGCACCAACUUUAGAAAAAAAUUCUGGGGAUAAUACAAUAUCUCCAAUCAAUGUUUCAUUUUGCACAUUAUCCAAACACUAUGGUUAUGCCUUUGUAUUGCACAUGAAUAUAGUUUAUCAACAAUUCCUAAGCUCUGGUGGUAUAACAGGCAGCUUGAGAUAUUUGAAGACUUCUUCUUCACUGUUAGAAGUUAGUAAGCACCCCUGCAAAUACAAAACAAAUCUUUGGUUUAAAGUUUUCAUGAAAUAGAGAAUGGCAGAUUUUUCUUCCCACAUUUCUACAAAAUAACUGUUGCCCAACAUUAUCAAUUUUGCUUUAGAAAUUGAGAAUUAAGCUUUAAUCAUUCACAGGUGACAGAAAUAUGGCCUAGUAUUCUUUGAUAUAAAAAUGCAUUGUUAAAAAUGCUUGAAUAUAACAUAUUAAGCAUCACCAUGGGUGGAGUUGAAAGUCCAUGGCAUUACUGAUGUAAAAGUUUUUUCUUGAUAAAACAAUGGUUUUGAGGAUUUAUAGAUAGCAGUUUAGUAAUUGCCACCAGUAGGUAUUGCCUUGAAUAUUUUGUUUGUUAGUAAACUUUGCUGUUUAAAAACUUCAAAUAUGCCAUAUUUAUCAAACUAUACCCUCAAAUCCAUUGGAUUAUUCAUGAGAAAUAUCCUCACUUUAGUUAAGUCAUAGAGUCCAUGGCUCGAAAGACGCAUGUUCAGCUCUUUCUGUGCAUACAGCCUAAGGUCACGAUUAAACAUCUUAUUUCCGGUCCAUCCAACGAGGCCAUAAAAAUAUUGACUAGAUGGCACUAUGAUCAAAUCCACUCGUUUUGCUGUCCAUGAUUUUUCUGACUUUGACAAAUCUACUAAAUCUUUGAUCGAUUUAUCACUAGCAUCAUUUUCGGCAAUUAGAACAGUUUUUUCGGUUGAUAUUUUUGGAAGCCCUAUUAUUCCGAACCAUUUUUCAAAAUGGUCCAUUUGACUGUUAGUUGGUGGAUCCCGUGGUUCUUCAGUAAAAUGCCGUUCUGAGUAUGUACAUUUAUUGUGUGACCCGUAAAGGAUGAGAUUCAGUUGCUGUAAUUUUUCCAAGAUUUUACCCAAAAGUCCGAUCUCUGCACCUUCCUUUGGGUGGGAUAUUAAUAGAUCUAUAUCAUGUCCGACAGUUUUUCCCCUGCA